AAGAAAUCUGCAUGCAUGACCUCAGACCAAUGUUCUCACUCCGUUCAAGAAGUGAAGGUCCCAGGUCAAACUCUUCAGCACUUGACAUCCCUUCCUCAGCACACCAUGGAGUUCUUGGGAUGGCCAACAAUCCUCUUGCUGGCCUGCAUCUCAUGCCUUCUCAUUGCUGCAUGGAGAAGUUCAUCACAAACAGGGAAGGAGCCUCCUGGUCCCACACCAAUCCCCAUAAUUGGAAAUGUUUUUCAGCUGAACCCAAGGGACUUGAUGGAAAGCUUCAAGGAGCUCAGCAAAAAGUACGGCCCUAUCUUCACAAUACAUCUAGGCCUCAAAAAGGUUGUGGUGCUCUAUGGCUACGAUGUCGUGAAAGAAGCCCUAAUUGAUAACGGAGACGCCUUCAGUGGGAGAGGAACACUGCCUAUGCUUGAAAAACUCUUCAAAGGCCUAGGCAUUGUGACCAGCAAUGGGGAGACCUGGAGACAACUGCGAAGAUUUGCCCUCACCACCCUGCGUGAUUUUGGAAUGGGGAAGAAGGGCAUUGAGGAGCGAAUCCAGGAGGAAGCUCGUUUUCUGGUGGAGAGGAUCAGGAACACACAUGAGAAACCUUUCAACCCUGGUAAAUUCUUAAUCCAUGCUGUUUCCAACAUCAUCUGCUCCAUUGUAUUUGGGGAUCGGUUUGACUAUGAGGACAAGAAGUUUCUCAAUUUAAUUGAAAUGCUGGAAGAAAACAACAAGUACCAGAGCAAAAUACAAACACAGCUCUACAACUUCUUCCCAACCAUCUUAGAUUUUUUACCUGGGCCUCAUCAAAAAGUAAUAAAAAACAUUGAUAAUGUUGAUGACUUCAUAAUUGAAAUCGUAAAAGCACACCAGGAAUCUUUUGAUCCCAGCUGCCCUCGAGAUUUUAUUGAUGCUUUUAUCAACAAAAUGCAACAGGAGAAAGGGAACUCUAUUUUCACUGUUGAGUCCUUGACCAGGACCACACUUGACUUGUUCCUUGCGGGAACUGGGACAACCAGCACCACACUGAGAUUCGGACUCCUGAUUCUCCAGAAAUACCCAGAGAUUGAAGAGAAAAUUCACAAGGAGAUUGACCGUGUGGUGGGCCGAGACCGAAGCCCCUGCAUGGCAGACAGGAGCCAGAUGCCAUACACAGAUGCUGUGGUCCAUGAAAUCCAGAGAUUCAUUGAUUUCCUUCCCCUCAACGUUCCACAUGCUGUGACCAAGGACACCAAGCUCAGAGACUAUUUCAUACCCAAGGACACCAUGAUAUUCCCUUUGCUGUCUCCCAUCCUGCAAGACUCCAAGGAAUUUCCUAAUCCAGAAAAAUUUGACCCGGAACAUUUCCUGAAUGCAGAUGGUACCUUCAGAAAGAGUGACUACUUCUUGCCAUUUUCCACAGGAAAACGCAUCUGUGCAGGAGAAGGUCUGGCCCGGAUGGAGAUAUUCUUAUUUUUAACAUCCAUCCUGCAGAACUUUACUCUGAAGCCCGUUGUAGAUCGCAAGGAUGUUGACAUUUCUCCCAUAGUCACCACUCUGGCAAAUAUGCCCCGACCUUAUGAGAUCUCAUUUAUUCCACGUUAGACAAGUGAAGACAGUUGUCAAGCCACCUCCAACAUCAGAACUCUCCUUGGACAACAGUCAUUGCCCACCCUGAUGUGACUGAGACAAUCAGAUAACUUCCUAAAUUCUUUACAGACACAAGAUUUAUGCUUUUCUAUGUGAUCCUGGAAGGACAUGCUCCAGCAGAAAACAAUCCUCCACAAAGCUUAGACUCCCACACGCUGUCCAAAAUAGGUACAUACCUUGACUAUUUCUUUUCACUCAUUUAGAAGAAAUGCAUUCUGGCUUUGAGACACCAUCUAGAAAACCUCCGGUCUCACUAAGCACGUGGGAACUGGCUGGACUGCACUUACUGGGCCUGUCAGAAUUAAAAGAGCAAUUAAGCACUGCUCAUUGAGAGAAAAGAGCGUGAAAUAAUGCUGGGAUCUCCAUGAAGGCAGCUUGAAUCUUCCCAUUACUUUUUUGAAGUAUGUAAGAAUCACUGAGGAAACUUGACGAGCUUUAGGUAAAGGCUUUCUAUGAGCUAACAAAGAAAUGUAGGACAGGCAUUUCCCAGAUUGAUCACAUUCUCUGCAGUGUAGCUUACUGUAAUUGCAGUGACAGAGCUGAGUCUGAGCUAUGUGGAAUAAUACAGCAGUUGAAAUGUCACCACAGGAGCAUUAAUGAAUGGGCAGGUAAGCAGCCAAACGUUCAUUUCUUUCGCUGUGUUAAUAGCCUUGAAAUACCACGAGUUAUUUGUUUGGUGCAACAAAAGCUCAAAGAAAAUAUACAUCACAGAUUGACAGACAAACAAAUAAAGAAAAUACAUGAAAAAUA